UUGAGUAAUACUCUACGGGUUGCUGCAAUCAACGCGAUCACUAAUACGAAUUGGGAGAAAUUCGUCCGCCGGUUGGGAUCCGCCGCAGCAAGUGAACGCCGAAGUGUGGAUGAACUUGAUCCCGCCUUGCUGCAUGACUACUGCUUGAAGCUCAUCGAAUGUCUCUUAGCUAGGAAUCGCUAUCAGGAUAUGUUGAUUGUUUGCUGCUAUGCUUUCCUACAACCGCGCAUAACUCGCUCGGAAAAGUCUACAACAUUCCAAAAUCUUUUGUAUUUCUGUGCGAUAAAAGCUCAUUGCUGGCCGGUUGCUUUCGAAUAUGUCCGAUGGUAUCAUACUUUAACAAACACAGCGCAUCAACUCACGCUCCCAAAUAGUCGGGAAGUCCUGUACAAACGAAUAUUCAAUGCCAUGAAUUACGUUUUCGUACACUCGCAAAAUGUCUCCUAUCAUCGUUACGUGAUGAGAUCUCUCUCAAAGUGCGUAGUGUUUAUGCUUAGCAAUGUAGAGUACAAAAUGAAGAUUAUUUUUGUUGUUCUUCAGUCUCCCGGGAACCAUGCGCUUCAAGCCAUAUCUGGGAAUAAUUCGCUAAUUACUGGGUCAUAUCGUCAUGCUCUGGGAGAAUAUUUGCGAGUUUGGAAUGAGAAUAAGAAGAAUCCGAUGAUUUGUCUCCUUCUCGCCUUGACGUUCACCCACAUGGCGUGUAAGAAAGACAUAAGUAGUAGACAUAUGAUUGCAAUAAGGGGCGUCGCCUUCAUGAAGUGCUAUGAGAAAAACCGAGCAUGUCGUCAGGAGUGUUACUACAAUAUCGGGCGAAUGUUCCAUCAGCUGUCUUUAACUCCGUUAGCGAUCCAUUUCUAUAACAAGGUUCUUGCCGAGCCUCCACCUCUCGUUUUCUAUACCGACGACGAAGGCCAUGAGGUUGAGAGACCAAGUGAUAUAUGGUUAAACAGCUUCCACACAGAGAUGUUUGUUCUGGCAUUGCUUGAGGACACAAUAGCCAUCAAACCGCACGAACUGGGGAAAGAACUUGGAGCUGUUCUGAGACGUUUUCGUAUCAAUCAACGGCUUUCGAACAAGGUCGUGCCGGAUCUGGGAUUGUGUAUAUGUGUAUACGACCUUCUCGAAGUGGGUGUCACCUAUAUUUUACCAGGAGAGGGCAGUGGACACACGAGAGUGAAGGAAUGGGAUGAGUUUCAGUUCCGUUUGGUUGUGUUCCGUCCACAUGUUGACGAGGUGAUCCAGGCGCGUGUGGUCUCAUCGAAUAGUCUGGGUCUCACCCUUUCUACGGAAUUCUUCGAAGACAUCACAAUCCCUGCUGAACGUCUUCCGGAGCCACAUGUCUUCGAACAGAGUGAACAGAUUUGGUACUGGGAAUAUCCAUCAGAAGACGGAGAGCCUCCUGCUAAGCUCUACAUGGACCCUGGUAAGACUGUGCGAUUUCGAGUCGUGGAGAACAUUUUUAGAGACGUCAAGCCAAAUUUGACACCAGAAGAGGCACAAAAAGAAAAGUCGUAUGAAAUCAUCGGCACAAUGGCUGAAACAGGUCUCGGAUGUGUAGCUUGGUGGUCAGCAGCAGGUGAAGAUGAUGCAGCCGAAGAACCGGAUGACAUGGAUGAGGAGUAG